CUGGAGACGGCGGCGGCCGCUGACUGAGGCAGGGACGGGUGAGGAUCCGCUGUCGGCGCGGUGAGAUGGGUCAUUAACAGCGUGCUAAUCCAACAAGCUGCUUGGUCCUGGAUCGUGUUGAACUUCCUGAGAACAUUUGGAGCAGCAGGGAGACGGAUUUCAGAGAGGGGUCAACAAUAAAGAAGAGAUGGAGGGAAGUCAGCACACUGCUCUUGUUAAAAUCAGCGAAGAGAAAUUCAUUUCAAAGUCAGAACUGUUAACGCUUCUGAAGACCUACAACUGCUACCAAGAGGGGAAGAGUUUCCAGUUAAGGCAUAAAGAGGAUGAUGCAGAGUUGAUCAUUGAGGGGCUGCUAAACAUAUCAUGGGGCCUGAGAAGACCGAUACGACUUCAGAUGCAGGACGACAAUGAGCGCAUACAUUUCUCCAGUUCCAAGUUGCUCCGUACAGAGCUGGACAACGGCUCCCACAGAAAAGGAACAAUGUCGCGCAUCUUGACAAAUACCAGUUUGUCUGAAGCUGAAAAUGAGUCGUCUAGUAAGGAUGAUUUUCCACCAAACAUGAUGGGCGACACCAUUCCAGAAUCCAGUAGCACCGCCUGUGAGGAUGAAGUUCCUCAGCUCAUGCGGACGAAGAGCGAUGCGAGUUGUUUGAUCCAGCGUAGAAUAAAAUAUCAGACACCAGGAGAGAACCAGCGAAUAAAACGACACCGGUUCUCCAUCAACGGACACUUCUACAAUCACAAGACGUCGGUGUUUACCCCUGCCUAUGGGUCAGUGACCAAUGUCCGAGUCAACAGCAGCAUGAACACCUCACAAGUACUGACCCUGCUGCUCAAUAAAUUUCGGGUGGAGAAUGUUCCAGAUGAAUUUGCACUCUAUGUCGUCCAUGAAAGUGGAGAAAGAACAAGAUUAAAGGAUUCGGAAUACCCCCUUAUAGCACGGAUCCUGCACGGUCCGUGUGAGAAAAUCGCACGCAUCUUCUUGAUGGAGAAAGAUCUCGGUGAAGAGGUCACAUAUGAUGUUGCGCAGUACAUUAAGUUUGAGAUGCCAGUCCUUGACAGCUUUGUUGAGAAACUGAAGGAAGAAGAAGAGAGAGAAAUAAACAAACUCACACUGAAGUACAGUGCUUUGAGAUCUAUGAUACAUCAGCAACUGGAAGAUCUAACAGAGUCAGAAGACUAUAUCUGAGCAAGCUCCAUCUCCUCCAACACUGCAACCCCAGCAACCAGUUUGGAUAAGGUCUUUGUGACAAUAAACCAGUGGAUAGACAAGAUUCAUGCCUUCAAUUUGUUUAAGAUCACUGCGCCCUUUUGUAAAAAUGUGACUAUUACAAUGAGAACUUUUUCUAUUAAAUGUUCUUUGAAUUAGCAUUUAUUAAUGUGUAAUACUUCAGAAAAACACUUUUAUACUUUAAGCAUUGCCUAAUUUAACAGAACAACACACAAAAUGCUGGAGGAACUGAGCAGGUCAGGUUGCCUGUUGUUAGAUUUUGAACUAUUUUAUUUAGAGAUACAGCACAGAACCAACCCAAUGAGCCACGCCGCCCAGCAACCCACCUAUUUAACCCUAGUCUAAUCACAGGACAAUUUACAUUAACCAAUUCACCUACUAAUCGUACAUCUUUGGACUGUGGGAGGAAACGAGAACACCCGGAGGAAACCCACGCGGUUACGGGGAGAACGUGCGAACUCCUCUCAGACAGUGUUGGAGUUGAACUCUGAACUCUGUCACCCCGAGCUGUAAUUGCAUCCUGUUAACCUCUACGCUACCAUAGUGCCCACUUUUGUGUGUGUUCUUCUGGAUUUUCAGCAUCUGCAGAAACUCACGCGUUACUAAUUUAACAAAAUUAUUAUUAGACAUGCUAAAUGAAGGUUUUAAGUGUGGACAUGUAAUUCAAGUGGAAUAUUUUGUUGGGAUGUGUCCUCUUAACAUGAGGACUGUAUUGUUAGUCUUUUGUGAUCCGGGUAAGUUUCAAUAAGUCUGUACAACUGAAUGUCUCACAUUUAUUAGGUAAAGAUU